AUGGCAGAGCUAGACUCUGUCGACCAAAGAGACCAGGAUUCGCUUGCCCAGAAUGGCUCAUCCGACGACGUCAGGGACGCUGAUGGUGGCGCAGAGAAUGCUGGCGGACUACCACCGAAAAAGAGGAGGAGAGUUGCAAAGCCGAAUCCAGACAGGAAAUUUGAGUGCAAACACGAAGGGUGCGGUAAAAGCUACUCUCGUGCUGAGCAUCUCUAUAGGCACCAGCUAAACCAUACUCCCAAAACAAUCUACCGUUGCGACUAUCCCGACUGCAGUAGGUAUUUUGUACGUCAAGAUCUGUGCAUUCGACAUCGGGAACGACAUACAACCCAUGGCUCCCAACUCCACAAGCGAGAUGCUUUCGCACAAUCCACCUCGAAUAACCAGAUCGUACCUGCAAUGACGUCCCAGCAGCACCCGGGCCAACCUCAAACUUAUCCAAUGUCGGCCCCAAAUGUCAAGAGUGCUCAGGAAGGCCAGCAUCUCGGCCCCCCACAGGGACAUUCUGCCGAUAGUCGCCACUACAAACAGCAAUCCCACAUGGCCAAUAAUACUGUCUCCCCUUCGACUGCGUCAACCGAACCGAGAUUUCAUGCUCCCACGCCGCAAUCGACCGUUUCUAGACCGGAGCCUUCUUUGCAUCGUACUGGCAGCAUGGGUAGCAAUCCAAUGAGCCCACCACAAAAACAGGACACUUGGUCUGCAGUUGUCCGAAGACAAAGCUUCAACAAUACGGAUCAGAGGAGGGAUCCCGGAUCUUAUGCCCAGAUGCAAGCAAGAGACAGGAGCUCUGGACAGAAUGUCCCGCCAUCGCCGGUUCGGCAAUAUUCCGGAACAUCUGGACCUCCUCUCCAACCGAUGCGAUCACACUCCGACAGUGCCAUGGACAGAAGCGUGUUGAAUAACGGCUAUAUGCAGUCUAUUGACAUGACUUCCGCUGCUGCUGCAUACUCCUCUGCAGGCUAUCCGUCUGCUGGUGUGUCGCGAACAGCAGAUGCCGCAUUUGCCGCUGCAGUCUCCCACGGGUUGACGCGGAACGAUCCCUUCCCAUAUUCCCUGCUCAAUACCAGCAUGUCGAACGUAGAUCUCAGUACCGGUUUCGGGUUCCCAGUCUUCGGCGGCGAUGAGUUCACUCAAACGCCAUUCACCGUGGCGGAUGAUUUCACGCAGUGGCUCUUCAAUGAUGCCCAAUCUGGGUCCAAUGAUUUCUCACCACCCAACUACGUCCCCGGUUACAGUGGCCACGAUCAGCAGCAAGUUCAAGGUCCGUAUUUCUCUCAAAGCCCUUCGUCGUCUGGAAAUAACUACUCUACAAGUGCCGGCAUGCAACACCCUAUGAGUGUUACCAGUAUUCUCGAUUCAACUGCCACCAGCCAAUAUAUCAUGUCUGAAUCCAAGCGUCACGAGCUUCUCGAUCUGAUGCAGACUCAGUUUGUUGAACGUCCGCACGAUGCGGUGAAGAAAAGAAAGGAUUCUGUGUUCGAAGGUGACCUUGACAACGAUGGUCAUAUCCUGAGUUUGCGAAUGAUGCACACCUAUAUUGGUUCAUAUUGGUAUCACCAGCAUGCGCAACUGCCCAUCUUACACAAGCCGACUUUUUCUGCCGAUCGGACCCCCAACCUCCUGUUACUUAUGGUCAUUGCAAUUGGGGCCGCGACGUUGGAUAAAGCUUACGGGACGACUUUAACUGAUUCUGCAGCGGAAUUUGCCAAUUUCGUUGUUUGGCACCUCCGCUGGGAAAUUGUCCGAGAUGUCGAUUUCAGACCUCCUGCCAAACUCUGGGUCUUCCAGACCCUUCUACUCAUUGAGGUGUACGAGAAGAUGUAUGCGACUCGGGCGCUGCACGAAAGAGCUCACAUUCACCACGACUCGACCCUGACUCUGAUGCGCCGCGGCAGUUCGCUCCUGGGUCGUUCGGCUUCGGAUUCUCCACCCAGUCUGCGAGGAGAGCAGGACAAUGGGAGGAUAUCAGUCCCAUUCAUGGGAGCAGAGGCCUCAAAAUCCGAAGAAUCCUGGCAUCGAUGGAUCACCACCGAAGCAACGCGUCGUGCCGCCUUUGGCGCAUUUGUACUUGAUUCUAUCCAUGCAACUAUGUUCGGUCAUGCUGCGAAGAUGGUCGCGCAUGAGAUGCGGCUACCCCUACCAUGUGAUGAAGGUCUCUGGUCCGCCGUCUCCCCCUCUGAGGCUGCACGAGUUCAAUCCUCGUUGCAAACCAACGGAAUCAAGCCAAUCAUGUUUCUUGACGGUCUUAAAAGGACGCUGAACGGGCAGAGAGUACGCACAAAUUCCUUCGGCCGUACCAUCAUCAUGGCUGGUCUACUCUCCGUCUCCUGGCACAUGACUCAAAGGGACUUGCAAAUAUCUUCCCUCGGACCGCGAACAGCCAACUCGUUUGGAGGGCCAGACAAGUGGAAAGGGGUCCUGUUGCGUGCAUUUGACAACUGGAAGCGAGAUUUUGAUGAAGCUUUGGCAGAGGCCACACCAGCUCCGUCCUCUCCGUUACGGACUCCAAUUGCACCUCCCCACCCAAUAUUACGCCCCGUUGAUGACGAAAACAUCUUCGAGUCACGGACAGUGCUACAUCAUCUUGCACAUAUUGCGGCUCAUGUCGACGUUGUCGAUUGCCAAGUCUUCGCUGGUGCGAACAGACUCCUUGGACGCUCAAUAACCCCAAAAGAUUACAGCGUGGUGCGUGAGAAGAUCGAGCGGUGGGCUACGAAGGCUUCGGCAAGAGAUGCAGCAUUUUAUGCUCUCAAGUUUAUUGUUCAGGUCCUCAUUCCACCGGACGGUGAUGGGCUGGAUGGGAUCAGCGGACGCUUAUAUGGUCAUGCCAGCCCCAUCCUUCCCCAAGCAUUCGAGCAUAACCAAUAUAUCGCUCGCGACGACUUCCUGUUGAACCGCCCUUGGGUGCUGUACAUAUCAGCACUUGUUGUCUGGUGCUACGGUUUCGCGCUGGAAGGCCCGAUCAAGCCUCCCCCAACCGAAGCAGAGUUCGAUACAUAUGAGCGUAAGGAGCGAGACAUGCGAGAGUACCUCGAGAGGGUCGCGGGAGUUCGGGCUCCCGAUGAUCUCGAACACGUGAAGGGCAAGAACCGAUGCCUCGGAUUGCUCAUGAUUCUGAAGGAGUCUUUCGAGAGUACAAGAUGGGAGCUCACCCAUGAAGCCGCAGGCUUACUCGGCAAUGCCUGUUCCAAACUCAGAGGCAUUGACGAAGACAAGAUUGUGGGUCCCGGCAGUUUGGCGAGGGACGAUCCCAGUUUGACGUCGAAUGGCUAUUUCUACGGAAAUUCCAACGGUCACGCUCACCCGAACCUUCACCGUGAAAACGGCCGGGAGCAUGUGACUGUCGCGAAUGCGGCCAAGAUCUAG